AUGCACAAAACAUCAGAUCCGCCGGUUUUUGCCACCUCUAUAUUCUUCGUUAAAAAAUUCAAUUUUAAUUUCAGCACAAAGACUCGGCAGAUUCUGUCGGAUCAGCGAGUGCUCAGGGGUUGCAUCCUCUUGCAGCAUCUUCAAGGAAAGGAGUCGAUGGAAGGAUUCCAGUUGCUGUCCGAUUCGCUUGGUCAAGGAUUCAUGGAGUACAACCACUUCAACUACUGGUUUGAGGGACUCGCAAAUGGGACACUAUCCUUAGACUCCAUUGACAGAUUUGAGGCAUCACUGAUGGAACAAGGUAUCGAUCUUCCCAAUAACAGUCAAGAGGUGAUUCCGGAAAAUGUGCUUCAAACUGAUCGGCUCCCGACAAGCGAAGAUGACAAAACCUGUAUCAAGAAUUUCAUUCACUUGAGUUUCGAAGAGAAUGAUAAAGUAGAAUUGGCGUUUGCCAACCAAAAUUGUACAUAUAGAAAACAUAAUGAUAAUGACUGUCGUGUGAAACAUUACAAUAGUGAGGAGGGAAAGGAGGAUAUUAUCGAAAACUCAAGCCCGUUGGAAGUCGCGAUGAAUACCUUAUCGUCACAUUUGCAAGGACGGGAAUUGGCUCUCGAUGCUUUUAAAGUCUCCAUAGCUGGUGGUCAAGAGAAAUCGUUCGAAGCGCUCCAAUCUAUUCUUCAAUUGAAUGGGAGCAUGUCGGCGAAAUAUAUGUCGAUAUCAGGUUUCAUCACUGCCGACCAAACAGCCAAAGUUUUGAAAAACUUCAAGCCAGGCGCUCUGGAGAAAAUACUAAUUGAAAUUUCUGUAUCUCCUGACGCUUCAAUUCAAAACAUUGUUUGUAUGGAUCAAUGGACACAAGCGACAACUCUCAUCUGCGGCGCUCACAUACUUUCCACGUUCGUCAAGCAUCUCACUUACUUUAAAUUAAUGGACGUCAACUUUUGCAAGACAUCUUUAUCGAAAAAAGAUAUUAUGCAGUUCCAAAAGAAUGUUCUCGCCAAAUCGGAGAAACUUGAAUACUGUACAUUCGACGAAGUUCGUUAUAAUAGAAGCCAGUUCAUGAUUGCAUUCAAUGGUCCCAAAUCCGAGACAUCUUCUGACUCAUUCACCUAUCAUGCAAACAACUCUUCGUUCAACAUUUACUAUCAAAAACAUGGCAUCCAGUUCAAGAAAAAUUGAACUCUCUCAACUUGUGAACUCGUAUACUAGCAAACUCGUGAAUAAACUUUUUGUUUCCAUCUCAUUUUUAUAGAAAAAAAACUAUUUUUUUCAGAAAAAUACUUUCUUUUCCAGAUUUCUACUCAAAUAAAAGU